AUGAUACUACGAAGACCUCAGCUCCAGGUGUUGCUGCUCUUCAUCUUGCCCCUGCUGUCCUUUGUUUCCGCUGGUAAACCUACGUCCUUCUGCAAGUGCACCUGCUGGACCAACAGCACCAUUAUCCCUCUCGGCCCUCCAGGCUCAGUUGCACCGCUCGAACCACAGCCUCGCGACACGCUCUCGUUUCGAGACUUCAUCAGUAGCCGAGACAAUGCGGUGAAUUCGGAGGCAGAGGACGAGGCGAAAGACCAUGGAGGACGGACCUGUAACGAUUGCAAUAGACGGUUUUGCCUAGACCAGCAUUUGCCGAAGUGCAAGGGCGCCGUGGAGGAGAAUGUUGUUACGACUUGUUUCCAGCGUGAUUCGAACAAGGACAAGGCUGUUGUUUUCAUAUUCAUCAUUGCAACUGCGAGUUUGUUGGCCUGGGCUGCUGUCAAGCCAUGGGCAGAGACAUGGAUUCAGCGCUUCAGAGAAAGGCGUUCGUAUCUCCCUAUUUCGUCAGAGGGAGAAGGCAGAUAA